AAUCAUUAAUCCCUGCUCUUUCUUCCCAAGAGAAGGCUGAGAUCUAGUAGCAUUGAAUCUCUGGAAGAUCAAAUCUUUGAAUGUCGCAUCUCGACGACGACAUUCCUUCUACGCCUGGGAAAUUCAAGAUGGAUAAAUCCCCCUACUUCCUCCACCGUACUCGCUGGCAAUCCUCCCUCGCCAAGCUUGCUUUUUGGUCCCUUGUCUUUUUCGGAUUGCUCUUCAUCUUCUUCUACCGAUCUCCCAUCUCCAAUCCCGAUUCUUCUCGCCGCUCUCUUCGCACCUACUCUUGGGGCGGUCCCCACUGGGAGAAACGCGUCAGAUCCUCCGCUCGUGUCCGCACCCGCAACGGCGUCUCCGUUCUCGUCACCGGAGCCGCCGGCUUCGUCGGUACGCACGUCUCAGCCGCUCUUAAACGACGCGGCGACGGCGUUCUAGGGCUCGACAACUUCAACGAUUACUACGACACGUCUCUCAAGAGAUCUCGGCAAGCCCUCCUCGAGAGAAGCGGAGUGUUCAUCGUUGAAGGAGACAUCAACGAUUUGUCUCUCCUGAAGAAGCUCUUCGAGGUCGUGCCUUUCACUCACGUCAUGCAUCUGGCCGCUCAAGCUGGUGUCAGAUACGCCAUGGAGAAUCCCAGCUCCUACGUUCACAGCAACAUCGCUGGCUUCGUUAACCUCCUCGAAGUCUGUAAAUCCGCUAAUCCUCAGCCGGCGAUCGUGUGGGCAUCGUCAAGUUCGGUCUACGGAUUAAACACCAAAGUCCCGUUCUCUGAGAAAGACAGAACAGAUCAGCCUGCGAGUCUCUACGCUGCGACCAAGAAAGCUGGAGAAGAGAUUGCGCACACUUACAAUCACAUCUAUGGGCUCUCUCUUACGGGCUUGAGGUUUUUCACGGUGUACGGGCCGUGGGGGAGACCUGACAUGGCUUACUUCUUCUUCACCAGAGAUAUCCUCAAAGGGAAAGCUAUUUCAAUCUUCGAAGGAGCCAAUCACGGAACAGUGGCAAGGGAUUUCACAUACAUCGAUGACAUAGUGAAAGGAUGUUUGGGGGCUCUGGACACGGCGGAGAAGAGCACAGGGAGUGGUGGUAAGAAGCGGGGUGCGGCUCAGCUGAGGGUAUUCAACCUGGGGAACACAUCUCCGGUACCGGUAACGGAGCUUGUGAGUAUAUUGGAGAGAUUGUUGAAAGUGAAAGCGAAGAGGAACAUGAUGAAGCUGCCGAGGAAUGGUGAUGUGCCCUUCACACAUGCUAAUAUCAGUUGGGCAGAGAGAGAGUUUGGGUACAAACCAAGCACGGAUUUGCAGACUGGUCUAAAGAAGUUUAGUCAUCCUCUCACGGAGGAGGAGGAGGAGAUUACAAGUUCUUUCGUCAGAUCAGCCGCGAUCGAUUGCUACACGAAAAUGCUUGGAUCUACCAAAACCGGGGAUUCUAAAGCUUGGAAGAUACUAAUAAUGGAUAGAGUUACGGUCAAAUGGGUCGAAGAACUUUUUAAGAGAAGGGAACCAAUGCCUGGCAUGGACGCUAUCUACUUAUCCAACCUUCCAAAGAGAACAUUGUCAUGUUUCUAUCCGACAUGUCUGGCCGGGAACCCUUGUACAGGAAGGCAUUUAUCUUUUUCAGUUCCACUAUCCCCAAAGAAUUGGUCAACCACAUCAAAAGUGAUUCUAGCGUUUUACCCACGCAUUGGUGCUUUACGAGAGAUGAAUAUGGAGUAUUUCCCCAUAGAUAAUCAGGGAUUUCUAACUGAUCAUGAGCAAGCACUGGAAACGCUCUAUGCUGACGAUGCUGAGAAUUCACGCCACUUUAAUAUUUGUUUGAAUAUGAUGGCUACUAGAAUUGCUACCGUGUUUGCUUCACUCAAGGAACUACCCUUUGUUCGGUAUCGAGCUGCUAAGUCCACGGCUUCGAGGGACUUGGUUCCAUCAAAGCUUGCUGCUGCAAUUUGGGACUGUAUCUCAAAAUAUAAAGCCAUUCCUAACUUCCCCCAGACCGAAACAUGUGAGCUGCUCAUGUGGAUAGAUCAGGUGGAUCAGAUAGCUCCUAUCAUACACGAAUGGACCUAUGAUGCUAUGUGCCAUGAUUUGCUUGACAUGGAGGGGAAUAACAUUCAUUUGAGCUUCGCCACACAUAUAGCAGAUGCCAGCGAGCGUUUGCAUGAGAAAAUGACCAACUUUGCUUCAAAGAACAAAGCCGCACAAAUGAGAUCAAGGGACGGUAGCGAGUUGUCUACACGAGAUCUACAGAAAAUAGUUCAAGCUUUGCCGCAAUAUGGAGAACAAGUUGACAAACUCUCCACUCAUGUAGAGCUAGCUGGAAAAAUUAAUAGAAUAAUCAGAGACACAGGACUUCGGGAUCUAGGGCAGCUGGAACAAGAUCUUGUUUUUGGAGAUGCAGGUGCCAAGGACGUUAUCAACUUUCUGAGGACAAAUCAGGACACGAACCCGGAAAACAAAUUACGGCUAUUGAUGAUUUAUGCAACAGUGUACCCCGAGAAGUUUGAAGGUGACAAGGGUGUAAAGCUAAUGCAGCUUGCUAGAUUAUCACCUGUGGAUAUGAAGGUUAUAAGCAACAUGCAAUUGAUAGCUGGAUCUCCAGAAAACAAGGCUAAGUCCGGUAGUUUCUCCCUCAAAUUUGACGCUGGAAAGACAAAACAAGCAAACAGGAAAGAUCGAUCUGGUGAAGAAGAAACAUGGCAACUGUUCCGGUUUUAUCCCAUGAUAGAGGAGCUGCUUGAGAAACUCGUGAAAGGCGAUCUAUCUAAAAGCGACUAUCUAUGUAUGAAUCAAUCAAGUCAUAAGGAGGAGAGUGAACCAAGAACAGGGUCAGUAAGGAAGAGUUCUGCUCCUACAGCAGUUCCAGAGCGAAAAGCCACCCCUCAUUCUAUGAGAUCAAGACGAACUGCAACUUGGGCGCGUCCUCAGUCUUCUGACGAUGGAUACUCCAGUGACUCAGUGUUGAAAAGUGCUUCUACGGACUUCAAGAAGCUGGGGCAGCGCAUCUUUGUAUUUAUUAUUGGUGGGGCAACUCGAUCCGAGCUCCGAGUUUGCCACAAGUUGACAAGCAGUUUGAGGAGAGAAGUGGUACUAGGCUCCACUAGUUUCGACGAUCCCCCACAGUACAUCACGAAGCUGAAAUUGCUGUCGGAAAAAGACAUACAAGGGGCUCCUGCCCAGCCCUUCAAACCACAAUACUGGUGAAUUUGACACAGCUUGAGUCUCAAAAAUGUAUUUAGGAGAAGAAAAAAAAGGCUAAUAAUUUUGCAAUUGAAAG